UUUAGGGCGUAUCUACACUUUUUAACUACUAAGCAGAAGGAAAAGUCACUGCAAGAAACACCACUAUUUUCUAAAUAUUUCAAUAUAUUUUUUUUAAUUUUCAAAAUCUAAAAGCAGACAACAUAUUUCCCGACACAUUUAAAUUAAACCAAUCCCGUAAACACAAAUGAGCGGUGAACAAAAAUUGCCAACCAUUAGCGAAGUGGUGUUGAAUCCACCAACCAGCACGACUUCAACUAAAAAUGAAGAUAAAGUCGGUCCCAUCAUUGAAUUUCCAUCCAGCUCUUCCAGCAAACCCUCUGUCUCCCCACCAGAGGAGAGUUCCAAAAAUCCAGACGAUGAUCAAGACGAAAUUGUAACAAUUGAAAAUGUAACGGUAAAAUUUCGCUUGGCCAUUAAUCAAGUCAUUGCCCAAGUCUAUCCAAACUGUAUGACAUUGGGUGAAGUUAAAAUCGACAUGGGCAGACGUUUUGAAGUACAUCCCGAUUUAUUGAGACUCUCCCAAAAUAAUCGUAUUCUCUCGGAUGAAUAUCGUAUACGUGAAACGGUUUGUGAUGAAUUUGGAAUACAUGAGUUUGGAUUAUCUUUAAGCGGUGUGGAGAAGUGUUCCAAGUUAUCUAUGUAUGGUGGAAGUGAAGGUGAAGCAGAAGACGACGAUGACAGAAGGAAGAGAGAACCCAAAUUAGAUUUGGAAGUUUAUUAUAACAAGCACCGUUUACCCGAUUUCAUUACGGUUUAUAUACCACCGGAAGAUUCACGCAAUGGCAAACCGAAGAAUAUUGUUGUGGAAAUUCUCAAUAAAACCAUUUCUAAACCUUUCUUGUGUGGUUAUGUGGAUAAGAAUACGGGUAUUGAAUAUUUAGACGCCUUCACCCAAACUGGACCUUUUAUCAGCAAAUGUAAAUACGAUGGACAUUUUUCACGAGACACUCAAACUUUUGAACAUAAAGUCAAAUUGGUGGAUACCAUGCACGAUCAAACCUCCCAGUGUUGGUUGGAUGGCAAUAAUGUUCGUUAUUGGUCUGAGGCUACGGAUUACUAUAUAACAGCUGGAAAAUAUGUAACGCAUGCCCAGCAGGAGCGUAUCAAAAAUAAGAUAGGAAAAAUAUGUCUAAUACAACGGAAUUUUCGACGCUACAAAUGGAUAAAAUGGAUGCGUCAGUGUGCUAAGGAAUAUAGACGCCUGGUGGCCAAUCGUCUGGCCGAAGAAGAAUCGUUCCAAGAAGUCCAAGAGAGACGAAUAAAACGUGAAGAGAUGGCAAAACAAUUCCCACGUACCCAAGAUGAUUUUGAUUUGCUCUAUGGAGAGGUGCAAAAAUGGAAAAUGGCUGAAUUAAAACGGAUUGCCAGCAUGUAUGAGGGAGCGGCAAGGGUGGCAGAGGUCAAUAUACUGUUGGAUAAGGAAAUUCAACUGUUGAAUGGUAUAGAACGCCAACGUCAAAUCGUCUCUGAGGCCAUGAAGGAUUUUCGUCAGGAACAAAUGUUGAAGAAGUUGGGAGAGCCCAUCAAAUGGGUGGGUUAUGGAGAUACCAUUGUCCAUUUAGAUUUACUACGGACUCAGAGGGUGCGCUUCCUAACCGAAAUCUAUAAGGAUCUGCAAAAACCACUAAAGAAGUCAGACCGUUUAGAAUUGAUCACGAAGGUUCGAAAAAUUUUGGUGGAUGAACAAGAUUUUCCGGACUUUGGAGAACUCUUUGAUUUAUUUGAUCGUGAAAGAAAUCUGCUGGUCUACACCAAACAUUGUGAUGUGGAGAUUUUACGGAAACGACAAAAUAUUCUCUUUGUGGAGCUAAUUAAAUACGAUAGAGAGCCUAAAAAACACAAACAAGGAAAUCGUAUGUGUUGGGUGUGUAAACAGGUAAAACCAUAUUCUCAGUUCGCCAUUCGAACACGACAAUUCCAGGUGGAUACAUGUAAAAAAUGUUAUUACUUGAAGGUGGCAUCCACUGAAAAUGUGGUCUACACAGCCAUUCUUAGAUCCAUACAAAGAGAUGAACGUAAAAAGCAUUGCAGCAGCUCAUUGGCCUUCAUCAUGCAGGUGGAUGAUAUACGUCAUAUUGUUCAUCAAAUUUGGCAUGGUCAUUCGGUAUUGAGUAAAUGCAAUAUUCUGUCAAGGCUAAGAUUACCACGAUGGAACAAAAGUGAAGAAUGGUCGCCGUGGAAUUGUAUUUGUCUAACCGAUACUGAGGCCCGUAAUCAUAGUCGUGUUGAAGACUUAGAAAGUGUCUACGACUUGAAGACCCGUUUGGAGGUGGCAAAUCGACAUAUGUUGGCCAAAAAUGCCUUCCAUAAUCUAGCCUCAGUUUCAGUUGAAUUUACCGAAACCGGACAGUGGUGGAAUGUGGGUUUAAAUCGUCAGCGUAAGGUGCGUGUUGAUCAUAUGACAUCGGGUGGCAUAGGUAUUGAUAUGAGAUGUAAAGAAAAUACUGGCGAUCGUAAUUAUACAUUGGGAAAAAUUAUGUAAUUUUUUGUAUGAUUUUGAAAUAAAAAUGUCCUCUGUAUUUACUGCUUAA